CAAUCACUGACUUCCCGUCUGCCACAAACCACCACCAACGACCACCUCGCCGUCGCCUUCCAACUCAACACGGUUUGGAUGAUCUAGUGUUGACUGCUACAGUUGUCGCUCGGCUCCUCGGAGCACCUCUGCCCCCAUUACGCUCUCAAACAUGUUCUCUCCACGAGCCUUGACCCUCGCCGCAAGGUCGACCCGAUGCCUUGUCCGACCUCAACCACGCCUUUCCAAAGCUCCAUUCUCUGUCGCAACGGCCCAGAGGGCAGCCCUACCACGUAAUGUCAUUGGGGAUUUUCCCUCCGACAAGGCUAUUGGCGAGAUUGAUGACCCAGAGAUGAACAAUGGCUACAUAAACCCUCCCAGAGUCAAGAGACAACACCGAGACCCUUAUGCCGAUUGGGAUGACAAGCAAGAACGGAGGAAUUUUGGCGAACCGGUGCACGAAGACAACGAAGUGUUGGGUAUCUUUGCGCUCGAGGACUACACACACAUGACUACCGGUCAAGGUUUAUUGCUAUGGGGAGGUUUCAUUUCGUGUAUCCUCGGAAUCACCUAUUUGGUCACCGUCAACUACCCCGGGAAACCCAGCGCGCCCACGGAAUAUCCAGGAGGACUGGACCAAGAAUUAGGAGGCGCGGGAGCUGUUAGGGCUCACAAGGCGGGAGACCCAGUAAAGCGUGUGUAAACGCUGCAAUUGUCCAUGUACAUAUCCAAAAACAGUAUUGAACGUUGGCGUUGACCAUCAUUCCUUUGAUGACUCUUUGACUCUAUUUCCUAUCUGCAUGUUUCGGAAGAGGCAUAUCAUCCUGGAGUGGUAACAUGCUUUGUAUUUCAUCCAUGUUGCGUGAAUAUUCGCUGAACAUCGUAACGCAACUAUCUCCGUUAUCAUGAAUGGUGGUUUGUGUACAG